AUGGUGGCGGAAACACAGACGGACUCCAUCGUUGAGCACUCGGCGGGGGAUGUCGGGUCGGUUGAAGUACACCAAGAACAAACACCGGUUGUAAUGGUUGAGGAAUCGGUUGAGAAAGUAAACGCUUUCGAGCACCAGCAGGAGCUGACCGAGGAGGAGCAAGUAUCAUCAGUUCAAGAAUUAGCGCCAGUUAUCGUCUCUGAGGCACCGGCUCAACAAGUGACCGUCGCUGAGAUUCGCACAGCUGCUACUAGCGAGGAAACGGAAACUGUGAUCGAAAAGAGCGUAGAAGAAUCAAUUUUAACCGCUUCUGACAAUCCGACCGUGGUAGAAAAGGAAGUUCCUAGUGAACCGAAACCCCAACAGGAAGAAGUUCCCUUGGAGGAACGUGUUAUCGUAACGCAACAAGAAGAACCUGUCGUAAACAACGUACAUAAAGAGGCUCCAGCACCAACAAACAAAACUGCUGACACAAUGGAACUGCCCAAGUUCAUCCAUAGGGCUAUGGAGAAGGUUGCCAUCGAGCAGGGAUUCACUCCCGGUCAGGUGAAGAUCGAGUUUGACGUGGGAUCCAACAAGGGCGACGGUUUCGUAGGCGAGAUGUUCAAGGCUUUCCUUACCGAGGGUGACCGCCGGGAGGUGUACCUAUGCAAGGUUCCUCCACUUAACGAGGCCCGCAGGCAGCAGUUUCCAGCGAUGAAAAUUUUUACUCGUGAAAUGCUUGCCUAUACACAGUUCCUGCCGAUCAUGUUCGCCUACCAGGAGGAAAAGGGAGUCGGUCGGGAGGACGGAUUUUUCAGCGUGCCAAAGUGCUACCACGCGGAGUGUGACGAAGCGGCCGAAGAGGCAGUUAUCAUUAUGGAAGACUUGCGACUGGAUGGAUAUCGCAUGUGGGACAAGAUGGUUCCGGUGAACUACGAACAUGCUAGAAUGACGAUGGAGCAGCUCGGUCGGUUGCAUGCCGUUUCGAUGGCAUUGAAAAGAGACCGUCCGCAAGAGUUCGAGCAGUUUAAGGUACCCGAUCCAAUGAAGAUCAUGAUGCCUGAAGGGGGACCCUUCGAAGGUAUGAUGCGACAGAUGAUUGUCGAUGCGAUAGAAACUCUAGAACCGCACGAAACGACGGAGCGUACCAAGAUGCAGAAGCUGCUCAACAACAUGCGGCCGGAGAUGGACAAUUGCUCCAAUCCUGACCUAGCUGAACCAUACACUGUGCUCGGGCAUGGUGAUUGCUGGGUGAACAACUUUAUGUUCCACUACAAGAAUGGAGCACCGGAUAAAAUAAUCUUACUCGACUGGCAGAUCACACGCUAUGUAACUCCCGUGCUUGACCUUGUCUACUUCCUGUUCUGUUGCACGGACGAAGAGUUCCGUCGGCGUCACUACGAUGAGAUGAUGAGCGUCUACUACAACGCAUUGUCGACGUUGCUCGAAAAGCUUGGCCACAAUCCCCAGGAAGUGUUCCCCCGAACCGCCCUUAUGCGCCAGCUGCGAAGAUUCGGUCGGUUCGGUAUUCUGAUGGCCGUAUUCCUGGUGCCGAUGCUAUGCACGCGCAACGAAGAUCUACCCGAUAUGGACGAAGCGGCGGAGAAGUUCCGCGAAACUCAAAAUGUCGACAUGAACCAUUUCACGGCGCACGCCAAUAGGAGCGCGUAUCAUAAGCGUAUGAGUGCGGUGAUAAGAGACAUCGUUCGCUACGGUUAUCUGUAGAUCCAAGGACGGAUCGUGUAUGCGGCAUACCAAAGUUGAGUGACCCGAGCAUCGUUGAGAGUACUCCAAACCUAGGCAUAUGUGUAUCGGAUAUGUAAGGUGAAUUUGAAAUGUUUCAUAGCUGAUAUUUUUCGGUGGGAAGUUUUUGUGUUUAGUAGCUUACCUUGAUUAGACAUGCUUUGGGAAUGAAUCUGGAAGCUCAAUCAUCGCAGAACGAGAUUUUGAAAAACUCGUUAGCGUAUCGCUAAUAGUUUCUGUUGUGAUGCAAAUAGUUGCAUUUGUAAUUUAA